UAACUAAACGGGUUGGAAGCAUGGUGGAGGCAGAAAUUAACAUUUAUUGAGUACUUACCAGCCGAGUAGGGUACACUGGAUCAUUAACUCGCAAAAAACGUUCUGGAGUACAUUAUCCCCAUUUUACGGGGAGCAACUGAACUCGAGGAAUCCAGAGGCUAAGCGCCUCACUGGGCCGUCCCUGCGCGCCUCCGCCAGGAAGGCCUCCAAGUACUUCUCUCAGAGUCCCGCUUCCGCCCAGGCCGGUUAGACGCGCCGUUAGCACCACGCAUGGAGAGCACCACGGAUGGAGAGCGCCACGGAACCAAGUGGCCGGGCUUCUGAUGUUCCCGGCUCUCUCAAUUAACAGCCAGCUUCUCGCCCCGCGGCUUCCCGCGAUGCCUUUCGGGAUUUGUAGUCAGACGUCGUCAGCCCGCUCCUAGACGAGCAAGAAUAAGACUCUAAUUCCCAGUAUGCCCCGCCGCGGGCAAGUGCUGCACCUAUUCUCUUCCUCCUCACUUUCCCAUUCCUUCCCUUCCCUGGCUUCUCUGAAUUGUCCACUCCGGGAUCUUUUCUGUGACUUCCUUCGACACUUUCCCCAUCUUUUUCUCACAUUUUCCCCACCAUCUUUCCCCCUGUUUCUGGGAGCCAAUGCGAGACAUUGGUUCUGAUUAAGGGACAGCUCGAGACUCGGGGUGUGCGAGGAGGAUCGACACAGAGUGGUGAUGGAGAGCACCCCCUCAAGGGGUGGUCUGAACCGAGUACACCUACAAUGCAGGAAUCUGCAGGAAUUCUUAGGAGGCCUGAGCCCUGGGGUAUUGGACCGAUUGUAUGGGCACCCUGCCACUUGUCUAGCUGUCUUCAGGGAGCUGCCAUCAUUGGCUAAGAACUGGGUGAUGCGGAUGCUCUUUCUGGAGCAGCCAUUGCCACAAGCUGCUGUAGCCCUGUGGGUAAAGAAAGAAUUCAGCAAGGCUCAGGAGGAAAGUACAGGGCUGCUGAGUGGCCUCCGUAUCUGGCACACCCAGCUGCUCCCAGGUGGGCUCCAGGGCCUCAUCCUCAACCCAGUCUUCCGCCAGAACCUCCGCAUUGCCCUUCUGGGUGGGGGAAAGGCCUGGUCUGAUGACACAAGUCAGCUGGGACCAGACAAGCACGCUCGGGAUGUUCCCUCACUUGACAAGUACGCCGAGGAGCGAUGGGAGGUGGUCUUGCACUUCAUGGUGGGCUCCCCCAGCGCAGCUGUCAGCCAGGACUUGGCUCAGCUCCUCAGCCAGGCUGGGCUCAUGAAGAGUACUGAACCUGGAGAGCCGCCCUGCAUUACUUCUGCUGGCUUCCAGUUCCUAUUGCUGGACACCCCGGCCCAGCUCUGGUACUUUAUGUUGCAGUAUCUGCAGACUGCCCAGAGCCGGGGCAUGGACCUAGUGGAGAUUCUCUCCUUCCUCUUCCAGCUCAGCUUCUCUACUCUGGGCAAGGAUUACUCUGUGGAAGGUAUGAGUGAUUCUCUGCUGAACUUUCUGCAACAUCUGCGGGAGUUUGGUCUUGUUUUCCAGAGGAAGAGGAAAUCUCGGCGUUACUACCCCACACGACUGGCCAUCAAUCUCUCAUCAGGUGUCUCUGGAGCUGGGGGCACUGUGCAUCAGCCAGGCUUCAUUGUUGUGGAAACCAAUUACCGACUGUAUGCCUACACGGAGUCGGAGCUGCAGAUUGCCCUCAUUGCUCUCUUCUCUGAGAUGCUCUAUCGCUUCCCCAACAUGGUGGUAGCGCAGGUGACCCGAGAGAGUGUGCAGCAGGCCAUCGCCAGUGGCAUCACAGCCCAACAGAUAAUCCAUUUCCUAAGGACAAGGGCCCACCCAGUGAUGCUCAAACAGACACCUGUCCUGCCUCCCACCAUCACAGACCAGAUUCGGCUGUGGGAGCUGGAAAGGGACAGACUUCGGUUCACCGAGGGCGUCCUGUACAACCAGUUCCUGUCCCAAGUGGACUUUGAGCUGCUGCUGGCGCACGCGCGGGAGCUGGGCGUGCUAGUGUUCGAGAACUCGGCCAAGCGGCUCAUGGUGGUGACCCCGGCCGGGCACAGCGACGUCAAGCGUUUCUGGAAGCGGCAAAAACACAGCCUCUGAGAGUGCAGGACCCAGACCCCGACCUGGGCGGGCGGGCCCGGGUGGGGCGGGCUGGCUGAGCCGGCCGCAGAACUCAGGUGUAUUUUAUUUACACGUCGGGACUUUGCUUGUCUAAUAAAGCUUUGA